GUCUUUCUUCAAGGAAACAGGAGAUUUUUCCAAUGAGCUCUGCAAUACGAGAUUUGCCCAAACAUCGAUGUGAGCUGCACGUUCAUCUAGACGGAUCCCUUCGUCCUCAAACUAUUUAUGAUGUAGCUCGGAGGCGUGGCUUGAAACUGCCGGCUGAAGAAUUUGAAGAAUUUAAGGAUCACGUGACUUGUUGUUAUGGCACUAAUAAAUCUCUUCUUGAAUUUUUGAACGUUUUCUACACAUUUCAUCCUCUGAUUAGGGGUGACACUGCAGCCAUCGAGCAGUUUGCUUAUGAGUUUUGUGAAGACGAGGCAAAACAAAAGGUUGCAUAUUGUGAAUUGCGUUACUCACCUCACUACCUUGCCGAGCUCAAGCCAAGGGACGGCUUGCCAUAUGUUUCAGCAGAGACUGUAGUUAGAUGUGUGAACAAUGGACUACGACGAGGAUGUCAUGAAUUUGGAGUGAAAAUUCGGACCAUACUUUGUUGUAUGACUGACCAUCCUGAAUGGUCAAUGGAAAUCGUUGCACUUGCUGACAAGUUUCGAAACGAAGGAGUUGUUGGAAUCGAUGUAGCUGGUGAAGAGAUACUUGACCCCCCUGCUAAAGAAAUUAUAGACGCGUUUACUAGAGCAAAAGAGCUUGGUAUAUCUCGAACUGUACAUGCUGGUGAAAGUGGUGGCGCACAAAACGUUCUGACAGCAGUUGAAGUCCUGCAUGCUGAACGUAUUGGGCAUGGCUAUCAUGUGCUUGAAGAUCAAUCAAUUUACAAGAAAAUGAAGUCACUGGAUAUACAUUUUGAGGUAUGUCCUGUGACAAGUUUGAUCACAAGAUCUCAACAUAGCCUUGAAGAUCAUGCAAUCAGACAAUUUGAUGUUGACAGAGUGAACUACUCUCUAAAUACUGAUGAUCCGGGAAUUACACAGAAGUCACUGAAUGAAGAACAUUUGCUUGCCGUCAAUCAACUGGACCUUGACUCAUGCUCACUUACUAGAUGUGCAUUCAAUGCUGCGACAUCAUCGUUUCUCCCAAAAGACGAAAAACAGGAACUAAUUGAUUAUCUAAAGACGAUGCAUGGCAUACCAACUGAGACCUCAGUCACUAGCCUCUCUAACCUAUUUCCAUAAAAUAUUGUCACUCUGAUUU